CGCAACUAUUUGCAUUAGGAUAACACGAAGAAACGUGGCUGGUUGUGGUCGCUGCUGAAUUCAAAUCCCUACUUGAAGUUGAAAAUUCGUCACUGGAUUCAUUCAUUCAUCAUCAUUUUUCUACUUCAAUCAUGGCUUCACUCCUCAACACGGUGUCACCAGCCGCAAAUUUACCCUCCAAAACGAAACGAGCCUGUUGCCGCGGUUUCUUGCACUUCCAGGUCCCAAAAAUUCACACUUUUUCCCUCAAGAAGGGUUUUUCUAGGGUUUGGGUUUCGACCCAGGUUGCCAUUUCCCCAAAAGAUUCCAUCUUUACCCUCCCCAAUUGGAGGAGUGGGAGGAAUGACCAAAGGGGCAAAGAGCUGAGGAUGUAUGAUGCAUUUCUCCACUUAGAGUACAUGGUGGGUAAGGGCCACAAGCCUGAGGUUACUCAAGCAACUCAGCUUUUGUAUGAUCUUUGCAAAUUCAAUAAGGCUAGGAAAGCUGUUAGGGUUAUGGAGAUGAUGGUUGGUUCAGGUAUUAUACCUGAUGCAGCCUCUUAUACUCACUUGGUCAAUUUUUUGUGUAAGAGAGGCAAUGUUGGCUAUGCAAUUCAGUUGGUUGAGAAGAUGGAGGGGCAUGGCUUUCCAACCAAUACUGUUACCUAUAACACCCUUGUUAAAGGGCUUUGUAUGCAUGGGAACUUGAAUCAGAGCUUGCAGCUUUUGGAUAAGCUGACAAAGAAGGGCCUUGUCCCGAAUGCAUUCACGUUUUCCUUCCUUCUCGAGGCGGCAUAUAAGGAAAGGGGUGUGGAUGAUGCUAUGAAGCUUCUGGAUGAUAUAAUUGCCAAGGGUGGGGAGCCUAACUUGGUUAGUUACAAUGUGUUAUUGACUGGUUUGUGCAAGGAAGGGAGGACUGAAGAAGCUGUCAAGCUUUUUCGGGAAUUGCCUGCGAAAGGGUUCAGUCCUAGUGUUGUGAGUUACAACAUUUUGCUGAGGAGUUUGUGCUACGAGGGGCGGUGGGAGGAGGCGAACAAGCUUCUGGCAGAGAUGGAUAAAGAGAACCAGACUCCCUCGGUGGUUACUUACAACAUAUUGAUUACUUCGCUUUGCCUCCAUGGAAGAACCGAACAAGCUUUCAAGGUUUUAGAUGAAAUGAUGAGGAGUGGGUUCAAGGCGACUGCUACUAGCUAUAAUCCGAUCGUUGCCCGCCUCUGCAAGGAAGGGAAGGUGGAUCUUGUUUACCAGUGUCUGGACCAAAUGAUUCACAGGCGCUGUAAUCCUAAUGAAGGAACAUACUGUGCUAUCGCGAUGCUGUGUGAGCAAGGUAACGUGCAGGAGGCUUUCUUUCUAAUCCAAAGCCUGGGAAAUAAACAAAACUACCCUAUGCAUGAUUUUUACAAGAAUGUGAUUGCAAGUCUGUGUAGGAAAGGGAACACAUAUCCAGCUUUUCAGGUGCUAUAUGAAAUGACAAAGUAUGGAUUUACUCCAGAUUCCUAUACUUAUUCAUCUUUGAUAAGAGGAAUGUGUAGGGAGGGAAUGCUAGAUGAGGCUCUAAAGAUAUUCAGGAUUUUGGAAGAAAAUGAACACAGGCCUGAUCUUGAUAACUACAAUGCACUCAUACUUGGAUUUUGCAAAGCUCAGAGAACAGACUUGUCAAUAGAGAUAUUAAUGAUGAUGGUUAACAGAGGAUGUGUGCCUAAUGAGACAACCUAUACCAUUCUUGUGGAAGGGCUUGCUUUUGAAGAGGAAACAGAUAUAGCAACCGAUCUGUUGAAAGAGUUAUAUGUGAAAGAGGUUCUGAGCCAAAGUACUGUUGAAAGACUUUGUAUGCAAUAUGACCUCAAGGAGUUAAUAGCAACAGGGUAGUGACAUUCCCUCAAAGUAUAUAACAGAAAGUAAGUACUAAGUAGGUAUAUGACUGCCUUCUGAUAUGAAUGGUGUUUUCUCAGCUUGAUUAGUCAGGUAAAACAAAAGGGUUCCCAAAUGCUUGGAAUUUUGAUUGAAUACAAUGUUUACAGAUGAAUAAUGAAAUGGUUCAAGCAGAUAAUUUAAUGCUAACUGCAUCCCUCCCAUGCUUUAGAUUUAACACUAUUUUGGGCUCUUGGUGAAUUGAGUUCUUUAAGUGAUUUGUAUUAUCCAUUUGUUGAUUUGAUUCUAUAAAUUUCUUUCCAUGUCA